AUGAGCUCGGAUCCCACAGCCAAGAAGAUAUCGUUUGGGCCUUUCGAGGUGACCUCCCAGGUCUUCCUCACAACGCCACACUCCUUCGCCCUGGUCAACAUCAAGCCGCUGCUUCCGGGCCAUGUGCUGGUGUGCCCGUCGCGGCCCCACAAGCGCCUGACGGACCUGUCGUUGCCCGAGGUGACGGACCUGUUCGCGACCGUGCAGAGGGUGCAGCGCAUGCUGGCACGCCACUACUUCCCCGACGAGCAGCAGCAGCAGCGGUCGGCCGCCCCAGCCGCAGUCUCAUCAUCAUCAUCAUCAUCAGCCGCAGGGCAGGAGGCUUCACAACCACCACCACCAGGCGGCUCCUUCAACCUCGCGGUGCAGGACGGGCCCGAGGCCGGGCAGACGGUGGCGCACGUGCACGUGCACAUCAUCCCGCGCAUCCGGGGGCUGAGCUCCAAGGCCGGCGACACGGCGGGCGACGAGCUGUACGAGCGCAUGGCGGACGAGCAGGGCAACGUCGGCGGCGCGCUGUGGGACCGGGCCUUGGGCCGCCGGCCCGUCGCCGGCGGCAGGUUCGACCGCAUCGAGGACUCGCAGAGGGAGCCCAGGAGCAUGGAGGAGAUGGUGGCCGAGGCCGAGGUGUUCCGGGCGGCGCUGAGGGAGAUGGAGGAGGCCGAGGCCGGCAAUGGCGAGGCGCGAUGA